AUGAUUGUCGGUGCUGCGGCUGGAUAUCUUACCUACCAAGCAGGAAGAGCUAUUAUCCGAUCAAUGGCUGGACCAAUGAUGUGGAACAAUCGUCCGUACUACUGGGGAUCGAAUUAUUAUCGUCCACAAAGGAUGCAAGAACACAUGUGCAGGAUGCCUAUUGAUCCAAGUGAUCCACAAUUUGGCAACAUCUAUGAACCGGUGGGUGUAAAACUUUUGAUUUGA